AUGAGGGUUUUUAAGCCCAGUCCCACACUUCAAGAAAGUGCGAGGAUGGAUAGCGCGCACAUCAAAGAGUCGCCCGAUGUUCUGGCCUACUUUGGUGUCACUGAGGAAGUUGGCCUGUCUCCCGACCAGGUGAAGAAGAACCUGGAAAGAUAUGGCUACAACGAGCUGCCAGCAGAGGAAGGGAAGAGUAUCUGGGAGCUUGUGGGGGAGCAGUUUGAGGACCUCUUGGUCAGAAUCCUGCUGUUAGCUGCGUGCAUCUCCUUUGUGCUGGCUUGGUUCGAGGAAGGUGAAGAAACCGUCACCGCCUUCGUGGAGCCCUUCGUCAUCCUCCUCAUCCUCAUCGCAAAUGCUGUCGUUGGGGUGUGGCAGGAGCGCAAUGCAGAGAGUGCCAUUGAGGCCCUGAAGGAGUAUGAGCCCGAGAUGGGGAAGGUUUAUCGGGCCGACAGGAAGAGUGUGCAGAGAAUCAAGGCCAGGGAGAUCGUUCCUGGUGAUGUGGUGGAGGUCUCUGUUGGUGACAAAGUGCCAGCUGACAUCAGGAUCAUCUCCAUCAAGUCCACAACGCUCCGGGUGGACCAGUCCAUUCUUACUGGUGAGUCUGUCAGUGUGAUCAAGCACACCGAUGCUGUCCCUGACCCCCGAGCUGUCAACCAGGACAAGAAGAACAUGCUGUUUUCUGGCACCAACAUUGCUGCUGGUAAAGCCACUGGCAUUGCUGUUGCAACUGGUGUCUCAACUGAGAUCGGUAAGAUCCGUGACCAGAUGGCAGCCACCGAGCAGGAGAAGACCCCUCUGCAGCAGAAACUGGACGAGUUUGGGGAACAGCUCUCCAAGGUCAUCUCCCUCAUUUGUGUGGCAGUGUGGAUAAUCAACAUUGGCCAUUUCAAUGACCCCGUCCAUGGGGGUUCCUGGUUCCGUGGUGCCAUCUACUAUUUCAAAAUUGCAGUGGCUUUGGCUGUGGCUGCCAUCCCUGAAGGCCUUCCCGCUGUUAUCACCACAUGCUUGGCAUUGGGAACUCGUCGCAUGGCCAAGAAGAACGCCAUCGUAAGAAGCCUGCCCUCUGUGGAGACUCUGGGCUGUACAUCUGUCAUCUGCUCUGACAAGACUGGUACUCUCACCACCAAUCAGAUGUGUGUGACCAAGAUGUUCAUCAUUGACAAAGUCGAUGGAGACAGCGUUAGUCUUGGCCAGUUUGACAUUUCAGGCUCAAAGUACACCCCUGAAGGAGAAGUUACAAGGAAUGGUUCCCUUGUGAAAUGUGGACAGUUUGAUGGUUUAGUGGAGCUGGCAACCAUCUGCGCUUUGUGCAAUGACUCAUCCCUCGACUACAACGAGUCCAAAGGUAUUUAUGAGAAAGUGGGAGAGGCCACUGAGACAGCCCUGAGCUGUUUGGUGGAGAAGAUGAACGUUUUCAACACUGAAGUGCGUGGUUUGUCCAAGGUGGAGAGGGCAAACGCUUGUUGUUCUGUCAUCAAGCAACUGAUGCGAAAGGAGUUUACCCUAGAGUUCUCCAGAGACAGAAAGUCCAUGUCAGUGUUCUGCUCACCUGCCAAGUCAGCCAAAGCUCCAGUUGGGAAUAAGAUGUUUGUCAAAGGUGCUCCAGAAGGUGUCAUUGAUCGCUGUGCUUACGUUCGUGUGGGAACAAACCGUGUACCGCUGACUGGUCCAGUCAAAGACAACAUCAUGUCCGUGAUCAAGGAGUGGGGCACUGGGCGUGACACCCUCCGCUGUUUGGCACUUGCCACCCGCGACACACCUCUGAGGAAGGAAGAAAUGAUCCUCGAGGACUCCACCAAGUUUGCAGACUAUGAGACCGACUUGACCUUUGUGGGCUGCGUUGGUAUGCUCGACCCUCCUCGCAAGGAAGUCUCUGGUUCCAUUGAGUUGUGCAGGGCCGCCGGCAUCCGUGUCAUCAUGAUCACUGGUGACAACAAAGGCACAGCUGUGGCCAUUUGCCGUCGCAUCGGCAUCUUCACUGAAGAUGAGGAUGUCACUGGCAAAGCCUAUACGGGCCGUGAGUUUGACGACCUCGCUCCUUACGAGCAGAAGACUGCUGUCCGAAAGGCUUGCUGCUUUGCCAGGGUGGAGCCUUCCCACAAGUCAAAGAUUGUCGAGUUCUUGCAGGGCUUUGAUGAGAUUACGGCCAUGACCGGGGAUGGAGUGAACGAUGCCCCUGCCUUGAAAAAGGCGGAGAUUGGCAUCGCCAUGGGCUCUGGCACUGCCGUUGCCAAGUCUGCCUCUGAGAUGGUCCUGGCUGACGACAACUUCUCUUCCAUUGUGUCUGCUGUUGAAGAGGGCAGAGCCAUUUACAACAACAUGAAGCAGUUCAUCCGCUACCUCAUCUCCUCCAACGUGGGCGAGGUCGUCUGUAUCUUCUUGACCGCUGCUCUGGGUCUUCCUGAGGCUUUGAUCCCAGUCCAGCUUCUCUGGGUUAACCUCGUAACUGAUGGUUUGCCUGCCACCGCACUGGGCUUUAACCCUCCUGACCUGGACAUCAUGGGCAAAGCCCCCCGUUCUCCCAAAGAGCCCCUGAUCUCUGGCUGGCUCUUCUUCCGAUAUCUGGCCAUUGGAAGUUAUGUCGGUGCUGCCACCGUUGCUGCUGCUGCCUGGUGGUUCCUGUACUGCGAUGAGGGCCCAAUGGUCUCCUUCUACCAGCUGUCUCACUUCAUGCAGUGCAGCGAAGACAAUGAGGACUUCUCUGGAAUCCGCUGUGAUGUGUUCGAGGCAGCCCCUCCAAUGACCAUGGCUCUGUCCGUGCUGGUAACCAUCGAGAUGUGCAACGCUCUCAACAGCUUGUCUGAGAACCAGUCCCUGGUUCGUAUGCCCCCCUGGAGCAAUGGCUGGCUGAUGGGCGCCAUGAGCCUCUCCAUGUCCCUUCACUUCAUGAUCAUCUACGUCGACCCCCUGCCUAUGAUUUUCAAGCUCACUCAUUUGAACGUGGAGCAGUGGCUGAUGGUGCUGAAACUUUCCUUGCCCGUCAUCUUCCUGGAUGAGCUUCUUAAAUUUGUCGCUAGGACGUAUCUUGAGGGAAAAGUGUAA